AUGUCAGUCUCUGGUAGCGACAGUGCCUUGGAGGCAAUCAGUGAUCCCUUGGAUGACGACACUCACCCAGGUCUGGAUGAGACAGACUCUGGAUACUGGGAUCAAGAAUCCAGCACGCAGUCGGUGACAGAAAGCGUCUACGAAUAUGAGAGACUACAUAAUCGCACCUAUCAUUCCUUCCACAGAGGCAAAUACUUGAUGCCCAAUGACGAGAGCGAGCAGGACAGAAUCGACAUUACUUACCAUGCCGUCCGCCUGUCGUUGAAGAACAAGCUAUUCUUUGCUCCUAUCCCCCAUCCACAGGGGAUUCUCGACAUUGGAACUGGGACAGGUUCAUGGGCACUGGAGGCGGCUGAAGCACAUCCCGAGGCAAACGUCGUUGGCACAGAUCUGAGUCCCAUCCAGCCGAACUACGUAACGCCAAACUUGACCUUCGAGAUUGCCGAUGCCGACGAAGAGUGGGCAUUUCCCCAGAGAUUUGACCUGGUUCACACAAGGAUCAUGAGUGACUUUACAUUGAGGAGCUGGCCUCAUUUCUUCGAGCAAGCAUUUCAGUGCCUCGAACCCGGCGGCUGGGUGGAAUGCCAGGAGUUUGACUACAAUCGUCGAAGUGACGAUAACACCAUCCCGCCAAACAGUCGGCUUAGCUUCUGGGAACGUGAAUGGACGAGGGGAAUGGCAAUGGCUGGUUUGGGCGGCUUCUGCAGACCCAACCUCGUCAUGGAGCAGAUGCGCACUGCAGGUUUCGUCAAUGUUAUCUGCCGCAAGUACAAAAUACCCAUAGGCCCGUGGCCCAAGGAUCCCCAACUCCGCCAGGCUGGCAUGUUCGGCCUUGUCAACAUACUCGACGGCAUUCAAGGACUGAGCCUGAAGGUAUUUACAGAGCUGCUCGGAUACUCGCUUGAAGAGCUCGAGAAUUUACUGGAUGAAUGCCGAAGAGACGCGAGAGACCGCACGGUCCAUAGCUACUGGCCGUUGUAA